UGUUUUAAGGUACCGACAUGACCUAAUCGAUAGCUGUACUAGAGACAUUUUCCACCUUAUAAAGAUUGAGCGGAAAUAUGGAUGGAAGCUUUAAGAAAUUAGAAGAUAUAUUAUUGAAAUUAAAGAACGUAAACGAAAUAUUAGAAAAGGAAACCAUGCAAAAAUGCGAAACAUCAAACCGCAGAAAAAAACGCGGAAAAUCUUCGACAAAGCUGAUGAAUAAACCACCUCGAAAUUUUAAUUCUCAGUCAAAAUCGAUUAAUGAGCAAGGUUCGCAGAUCAAAAGUUUGUCGAAUGCUACAAGAGGUCGCACUGAUACAAAAUCUGCUAAGCCGCAACGAAGCUUAAAGAUAAAUAGCAAUCGGAAAAGUCUAACUAGAAAAGAAAAGAGCAAUAUGAGAACAUUUACCAAUUCAAAAGCUCCCACUGCGGCUGUAACUAGGUCUGCAGACAACCAUAUAAUUCUAGAUUUUACCACCAAGCCUGACUGGUUUCAACCUACGAACAAACCAAUUGAAUAUUCAAAGAAGAGGAAAAAUAAUUCAAAAAGUAAGAAUCCCUCCCAGAACCGAAUACUGAACAAUUCAAAGGACCAAAAAAAUGCAAUUGAACAAUCAAAAACAAAAAAUAGAAAUGGAAGGCAUCGAAAGAAAGACCCACCCGAACCUAUAUUUGAAACAACAGAAGAAUCAAUAAAUUUUAUGCCAUCCUUCUUCAGUUUUCACUCUUUUUCAGAUGACAAGGUCUUUCCUCAAGAUAUGAAUCAAAAAAUGUUAUCCAAUGACACAGACCAUGAACAUAAUACGCAUAUCACCGGGAACACAAUGGUGCGAACUCAAAAUUUGAAAAAAGUUGAUCUUUUUUCACCACUCAAAGCACUGAACGUGACCGGGUCAUCUGAUAUCAGCGAUAAACUUGUACAGAUUGCAGAAGGGAAAAUAAAGAAAGAAAAAGAAAACGUAAAUAUCAAGUUCCAAUUUUCUUCCGAUAAAAUGAAUAUGGAAGAGCAAAAUGCCGUUUUAGCGUCAAGCGCUGUCAAUUUUUUGCCACGGGCUAAAAGUGAGAAUAAUGCAAACGAUUUUUUAUCUCCACGCUCGAUGAGUAAUAAAGAAACAAGAAAUGACGCGGAUGGAGAGAAAAUGCGAGAAAAAGUCGCGCUAUCUAGCCUAACUUGUUCAGACAAUGCUUCAAGCGAUUCUGCCAUACCUAGGGCAGGUUUAGCAAUAGAGACAAUACCUGCCACUUCAACGUCUAAUGACGUAUUGGGAAAAGCACAAAUAAGCGAAGGAAGUAUCUUCUAUGACUGUACCUCUUUCAUAUGUGACGUUGGUGCCUACAGAAAAUCCAGGGACAACCAGAAUUUGAGUCAAGCCGGAAAAAGUUUUUCAUUUUGCAUAGAUGCAAACAGUUUGGAGAGUAAUAUGACCGAACGUAGAAGUGAGAAAUUUAGUCGUAGCAAUACCACACAUAUUCACAGGAGUAGCACGUCGAAUGAAAAUAACUCAUCUCUGCAAAGUUACAAAAGACGCGAAUCUACGUCUCCGGACGAAGGGAUAGCGAAUUCCCCAGGUGAAAUGGACGAAUCGCCAACGUCUUCGCGAAAAAAUAUAUUGCCUGACGUGGCCGAGAAUAACGAAAGUCGUAAUCAUAUAUCAAUCAAUAUUGAAGGUGGAUUACAGAGAGAAACAAAAUCAAAAAAACGUAGUUCACGACAGCACAAAAGCAGCAGCAAACGCAAACACGCUACGUCUGCGAAUGGCACAAAUGCAGUCUCAAAUGACAAAGAUAGGACAGUCGUAAGGCAAGAAAAACACCGAGAAACGCAGAGAAGUGAAACUUCACGGGAUACGAAGAAAAAGUCACAUCAUCAGAAACCUAUGAGACUUUCAGAAAAAACAGUGGCUCGUAAGGUUGUAAAAAGCGCACUAAUUGAAAAUUCGUUAGCUAGAAAAAAUAAACCGGUUUGGGUAGAAAUAACAAAGGAAAGUACAAAUGGGGGGAAGGCAGAUCCGACGGGCAAACGUGAAAGGGAUAACCAAAAGCAAAAAGAUUCUACAUCGACGGGUGCAACAAAUGGCACGAAAGAAUCAAGAAAGAUGACUGAAAAGGAAGACAAUAAAACAACUAAAUCAACAUACUACGACGGAACAAAUCACAAGUACUCCAAGCGUGAAUCACGUAGCAAAAGCUCAAGACAAGAUAGAUACGCAAACUCUAAAUCUACGAAAGAUCACAGUGGAAAAGCUAAAGACUCUAAUGGCCACCUUACGAAAUCCGAUAUAAAACGUGUAGAGGCACCAAGAACACUCAGACAUCGACACCCCGAAGCUGAAAAAUCAUCUGGACGAAGCAAGAAACCUACGUCAGAUAGACGCACGUCAAAAUCAAAUAAGGAAGCGUCGAGACAAAGACCGAGAUCAGUGUCAGCAGAUUCAUCAGUAAGAGAUUUGUCUUAUUCGAGUUCUUCAUCAAAUUCAUCUUCUUCAAGCGCGUCUUACAUUUCCUCUUCUGGAUCCCACUCCGACUCAUCAGACUCUUCUUAUUAUUCAACGUCUUCUGUCUCUGCAUCAUCAGAUGCUUCAUCAGGAUCCAGUGUAUCGUCUGCUCAACCAAGUUCGUUAAAGAAAAGUGGGGACUAUAACGAAUCCGGAGCUCGACAAACGAAAGCAAAGAAAAAAAUUGCUAAAUCGGACGAGAGACAACACGGAAAAUUAAAUAAUGAUUACGCUGAUUCAAGUACCCCUGUUUAUGUCUCAAAGUACAAGAAAGCAGAAAAGAAAUCAUCCAAACGCACUCCUUCCUAUGAUGCUGGCAGAAAGGAAUAUAAAAUUCUGGAUUUAAAACCGCUACAGAAGGCAACAAAAGAAGUUGAAAAAACUUUAGGUUGCGACGACGAUCAAGAGUUUGAGGUUAAUUUGGAAAGACGACGAAAUAGGAACAGACGACGACCAGUGGCGAUUGAAGAAAUGGUUGCAAAAGAUCCACAAAAAGCUCAGUGGCAACACCAUCGUCUUGUUACGUCACAGCACCCUACAACGACGACGACAGUUGCAAACCCGGUUGACAAAACUAGACAAAUUACUGAUCCGCCUUCCGGCGUUAAACAAAAAUCUUUUGAAGCGUCAACAAAAGAUAGUUUAGGGGCAGUAUUAACAAUUCGGGAUUUAUAUUCUUUACAUCAUGUUUUAUCCGACACACAGAAUGGAACGGUCAUUGCAGGACACAGGAGAAGUGAUGGAAUGCGAGUUGCAAUAAAACGAAUUGCCAAAUCGGGUACAACAAGAUGGGGAUGGAUGAAUGGAAAAGUAGUACCGCUCGAACUGGCAUUGAUUUGUCAAGUCAACGAGGUCAGACAUCCUGGCGUUGUCGAAAUUGUCGAAUGGCACGAAACAACUGAAGCGUUUUUACUGGUAAUGGUGAGGCCACAUCCUUCCGUAGAUUUGUACGACCAUGUUACAAAGCAAAAAAGAUUGAAAGAACCAGUGGCGAGACGAAUAAUAAGACAGCUGGUUUCAGCACUUCUACACUGUCACAAAAUGGGGGUCUUACAUCGUGACGUCAAGUUGGAGAAUAUUUUAUUUAAUCCUGUCACGAUGGAUACGAUUUUGAUCGACUUUGGAUGUGGAGACUAUCAUCGAUCUGGACAAUACAAAGAAUUUGCUGGGACGCCAGAAUACUAUCCGCCUGAAUGGUAUUUGUACAAACAAUACAGCGGAGAAUCCGCAACAGUUUGGAGUAUUGGAGUUCUAUUGUAUUCUUUAGUAUGCGGUACUCUACCCUUCCGCUCAUCUAAGGAUAUUAUAAAUAAAGAACUUACCAAGUAUCCAACAGAUGUAUCACGUACAGCAAAACACCUGAUUGGACAAGCAGUGCAAAAAAAUUAUCGUGACCGACCUGACCUCAAAGGCAUUUUAUCUCACCCCUGGUUCAAAUCUUCAAGCGACCAUUCUGGAAUAAGAAAGAAGUCGGUGUGAUCAAUUUGUUGUAACUUUAUUAGCAACUAGAGAAGAAAGCCUAUGAGAUGAAAAAAGGCCAUAGCAUGAAAACAUUCAUCUUAUAAAAGAACGAGGAAGUCCAACAUGAAGUCCGGUCAACUUCAGAUGGGGAAAUAAAACAAAAGCAAAGUUGGUUGAGAUUAUGAAAGACUACUUUCUUGAACAGGAUUUCUAAAUACACUUUAUUAUAAAUAAUAAAACUCAAAUUUUGUUUUACCAUAUAUUUAUUAGUAAAAUAUAUAUAUCUAUUUGCACAAGCAGGAGAUGUUGUGAUAAGACAGUCAACAACGUGUUAUAACUUAUUUCAGCCUCACAAGGUGCAAUUUUCGUUGUUAUAUAUUGCAAUAAACGUUUUAAGCAACGUUAA